AUGAAGAGAGAAGUGAAAUCCACUCACCAUGACCAGUUCUGCAGCACAUGGGGGAACCACCAUUACAAGACCUUUGACGGAGAUUUCUUCCAGCUCCCCUUCACGUGCAACUACAUCCUGGUUUCUGACUGCAAGAGUGACUAUGAGAGCUUCAACAUUCAGCUCCGACGGAAGGAGGAAGAUGGUGUCGCCAGCAUUCAAAAGGUCACGAUGAAGUUGGACGGGGUCGUUGUGGAAUUGGACAGUGACAGCAUCAAAGUCAAUGAUAAAGUUGUCACUGAAUCAUACGGCCAGCUUGGCGUUUCUAUUGAAAAAACGAUCUCCUAUGUUAAAAUCAACGCAAAGCUGGGAUUAACCAUUUUAUGGAAUCAAGAAGACGCCCUUUGGGUUGAGCUGGAUACAAAAUACAUGAACCAGACCUGUGGCCUGUGUGGUGAUUUCAACGGCGUCCAGACUUUUGAUGAGUUUGUGAAAGAAGGGGAGCCUAUCGAUGUUGAGGAAUAUGGUGAGGAAUGGAAAGCCAAUUGUCCUAAUGAAAAAUGUGAUGACACCUCACCUAAGGCUUGUGAAACCUAUGAGACCCAGAAAGAGCUGUGUGAGAACAUGCUGUCAGGACCUGCUUUUGCCAGCUGUCAAGAGCUGGUUGAUACUGACUCCUUCAUCAAAGCCUGUAUGAAGGACCUGUGCCACUGUAACAGCAGCACUUCAUGUCUGUGCUCAACUGUGGCAGAGUUCUCCCGUCAGUGCGCUCAUGCCGGCGGGGCACCACAGAAAUGGAAGACUGCACAACUGUGUGAAAAAACUUGCCCUUUCAACAUGGAGUAUCAGGAAUGCGGUAGUCCCUGCACUGACACCUGCAGCAACCCAGAGAGGAGCCAAGUGUGUGAGGAUCACUGUGUAGAUGGAUGCGUCUGUCCCGCUGGUACUGUCUUUGAUGACAUUACACAGACUGGGUGUGUUCCUAUUACCCAGUGUUCCUGCUUACACAAUGGCAAGCCAUACAAACCAGGAGAGUCCUAUUCGAGGGCUUGUAAAGAAUGCAUCUGCAACCAGGGUCAGUGGAGCUGUCAGGAGAAGGAUUGUAUGGGUACCUGCUCUGUGCUGGGUGGAUCCCACAUAUCCACCUAUGAUGAUAAAACGUAUACUUUCCAUGGAGACUGCUCUUAUGUUCUCACCAAGGUGUGGCAUUCAAACAUUAAUGAUUUUACUGUACUUGGUGACCUGGCCCGCUGUGACAAAUCAUCUAAAUCAACUUGUCUGACUUCAGUCAGUCUUUUGCUGCCAAACCAAAUGGUGCUUGUAGUUGAUGACCAUGGACUGAUAUCUCAAAACAAAAUGACCAUUAAACCACCAUUUGUCAUGGAUGAUCUACUCAUCUUCACCCAAUCAUCAUUCUACGUUGUCAUCAGCACCGGUUUUGGGAUUGAAAUUGAGAUUCAGCUAAUACCCACAAUGCAGGUCUUCAUCAAAAGCUGUGUGUCCAAUAAAGGAAAACUAAAGGGCCUUUGUGGAGAUUUUAAUGAUGUGGAAGCUGAUGACUUUAGAACUACGAAUGGAUUGAUCGAAGGAACGGCUGGACUAUUUGCCAACUCUUGGAAGAGCAAAACAAGCUGCCCCGCUGCACAAAGUAGACUUGGAGAUCCCUGUCUUUCAAGUGUAGACAAAGAGAAAUAUGCAAAACACUGGUGCACCGUGCUGUCAAACCCAAAAGAGAUUUUCUCUAAGUGCCAUUCUGAAAUAAACCCAGAGGAUUAUGAAGCUUCUUGUAUUUAUGACACUUGCAUCUGUGACGACAGUGAGAAGUGCAUGUGUGCUGCUUUAUCCUCCUAUGUCCAUGCAUGCGCUGCUGAAGGCGUUUUACUGAAUGGAUGGAGGGAAACCACAUGCAACCAAUACACAACUGCAUGCCCUUCCAACUUUGUGUAUAGCUACCAAAUGGAAAGCUGUGGUCGCACCUGUCGCUCCCUAAGUCAGCCAGAUUUACCAUGUGGGGUUGAAGUCACCCCGCUGGAUGGCUGCGGCUGUGCUAAGGGAACUUACCUUGAUGAGGGGGGAAAGUGUGUGUCGGCUUCAAAAUGCCCUUGUUAUGUGGAUGACACAGUGGUAGGCCCUGGCCAGGUCAAGAAGGUCCAGGGACAAACUUGCUCAUGUCAUGGUGGUAAACUAAGCUGUGCAGGAGGCCCUAUUAGCACAUCAUGCACCAGUCCGAUGUCGUACUUCAACUGCUCAAGCGCAAAGCCAGGUACAAAGGGAUCUGAGUGCCAGAAAAGCUGCCAGACAGUGGAGUCAGAAUGUGUCAGUAAACAGUGUAUCUCAGGCUGCGUUUGUCCAGCUGGCCUGCUGUUGGAUGGUGAAGGAGGCUGUGUCACAGAGGAAAACUGUCCCUGCACAUAUAAUGGAGAAUCCUUUAAAUCUGGACAGACAGUCAAUGUGGACUGCAAUACAUGCACUUGCAAAAGCAGAAAUUGGGAAUGUACAGAGAAACAGUGUGAUGGAACCUGUACCAUAUAUGGGGCAGGACACUACAUCACUUUUGAUGAUAAGAAAUAUUCCUUCAGUGGGGACUGUGGCUACAUUUUUGUUCAGGAUUACUGUGGGGACCAAAUAAAUGGCACCUUUAGGGUUAUAACUGAGAGCAUCCCGUGUGGAUCAACUGAAAGCAUCUGCUCCACUGCCAUCAAGCUCUACUUAGGGAACACUGAAAUUGUUCUUUCAGAGGAAGAUGUGAAAGUUAUCAAACAAAGCAAAGGGGUGUACAUACCUUAUCAAUUCCACUCUGUUGGUGAAUAUGUUGUCAUUGAAGCGAAGAAUGGUCUUGUUUUCAUCUGGAAUAAAAAGACGACACUCAUGGUCAAACUCAGCUCCACAUUCAAGGGAAAAGUCUGCGGACUGUGUGGGAACUAUGAUGGGAACAUCAAGAAUGAUUUCACCACAAGGAACAAAGAAGUUGUGGUUGAAGCUCUUGAGUUUGGAAACAGCUGGAAAGUUUCUCCUACCUGCCCUAAUGCAAUCAUCCCCCAAAAUCCCUGCAAUCUGUACACAAAUAGAAAGGCAUGGGCAUUAAAACACUGCAGCAUCAUCACCAGUAAAGUAUUCGCUGAUUGCCAUUCAAAGGUGGAUCCUGACAACUAUUUUGAUGCUUGUUUGAGAGACACGUGUGGGUGCAAUACAGGUGGAGACUGCGAGUGUUUCUGCUCAGCUGUAGCAGCCUAUGCAGCAGCCUGUAACAAAGCUGGGUCCUGUGUGAGAUGGAGAACACCCACUAUCUGUCCUCUUUUCUGUGAUUUUUACAACCCCAAUGGUGAAUGUGAAUGGCAUUAUGAACCAUGUGGAAAACCAUGCAUGAGGACUUGCAGGAAUCCCUCAGGAAAGUGCUACAAUCAAAUUCCAGCUCUAGAAGGCUGUUAUCCAAGUUGCCCACCUGAACGAUCUUAUUUGGAAGAAGUUACCAUGAAGUGUGUCCCAAAGGAGGAAUGUGGCUGCUAUGAUGACAAUGGAAAGCAUUUCAAAGAAGGAGAGCUCCUGCCCCCAACGAAAAACUGUUACGAAUGUUAUUGUUCUUCAACAGAAACAAAGUGUCAUUAUGAUGUCCAAGCUUGCACUUGCUCAUACAAAGGACGUACAUAUGGAUAUGGAGACACAGUAUAUGACACACAUGAUGGAGAUGGAACCUGUAUCACCGCCAUUUGCGGAGAAAAGGGCAAUAUUACCAGAUUCUUUGAGACUUGCACACCAGAGUCAUCAUCCACAACGACACCAACAACAAUCUUUGUGUUUACCACAAGUGGUAAGCAAAAGAGGUUAAACAUUCAUAGCAUGGGUUGA